AAUCUUAUGAUGUAUUUAAUAUUAAUCAAUCGUAUAAAAAGUAUUUAUCGAUCGUAUUCACAUUAUUAUUCCCUGGGAAACAGACAAAUCCCAAAUAAACUUUGAAAAUGAAGCUUUUGGUUCUUUUGGUUGGUUUUAUUGUUGUCCAAGCUUCAGAUUAUGAACAAUGGCAAGAUUUCAAAGUGAAAUUUUCAAAGUCGCACUCAUUAACUGAAGAUAAGCUACGUUUUGAAAUUUUCCAAAAUAACCUACGCAGAAUCGAAAAACAUAAUGCCAUGUACGAAAAGGGAGAAGUAUCAUAUUUUAUGAAGAUAACACAGUUUGCUGAUUGGACCUUAGAAGAAUACAAAUCGAUGUUAGGAGCUCAACUCAAUGGAGAACCAAAGUUUAAUCCCAUAGGGACAUUUAAACCUGAAGUUAACUUCACCAGACCAGAGUCAAUUGACUGGAGACAAAAAGGGGCCGUAUUGGCAGUUAAGACUCAAGGACAAUGUGGUUCAUGCUGGGCUUUUAGUACUACAGGUGCUCUUGAAGGUCAACUUGCCAUUCAUCGCAAUCAAUAUAUUCCUUUGAGUGAACAGGAAUUAGUGUCUUGUGAUGAAAAUAACCGUGCAUGUAAGGGUGGUUGGAUUGAUGUUCCCUAUACGUACAUAAAACAAAAUGGUCUGAGUUCUGAAGAGCAGUAUCCAUAUACUGGCAACGAGAGUAGUUGUAUUAACAAUAUCACUAACAAACCUCUCACCACUGUUCAAGGAUUUAUCUCGAUAGAAAAAGACGAAGAGUCAAUGGCUGAUGCCGUCGCAACUGUAGGUCCAAUUUCGAUAUAUGUCAACGCUAUUGCUAAUUGGCAGUUAUAUGGAGGUGGUAUUUUCGAUGACAAAGACUGUGUCCAUGAUUUUAAUCACGCUGUUAUCAUCACAGGCUACGAUUAUCAAUCCUGGACCAUCAAAAACUCUUGGGGAACGGAAUGGGGAGAAGAAGGCUACAUGAGACUUAUCAGAGGCAAAAGUCAAUGUGGUAUUACAAUCCUUCCCAUUUAUCCUGUAUUGUAAUUGAUGAAUAAACUAGUAUGAAUUGACUUAUUAUAUUCCCCUUUAAACAUUUCUGAGAAGAUUACUUUUGACACAUGUGAAAUUUAGACAAAAUCAACUGUAACUGUAAGUACAAACUACAUACUAGAAGAAUAUAUGAUCAUCUUCUUUUUUUCUUAACACAUGAUUCACAAUCCGUGAUAGAAAUUGGUCGCAGUUUAUAUGGAUUCUAAAUAAACAUAUUCCGGUGUAAAAUUUGAUUCAGAUUCUAUUAUGAAUUAUUAUACUGAAAUAUAACUGGCGCAGUCAGUAAUAUCGUAUAGUAGAAACUUGUCGUUAUCAAACAUUCAUUAGCGAAAAGAACUCGUGGAAAACAAAAAAACUGAAUUCCAGGAUCGACAGCAUUUCAAGUUCGGUAUCAUAUAACUUUGUAAACAUUUCCGAAAGAACAGCGUUUGAAGAAUCAAAUUAAACUUUUAAUUUUUCUUGCAAUUAGUUAUAUUAUCUGCUUUUUAUCAUUUUCACUGGUUCAUUUGCAGAUAGUUUCACAGCCCCUAUUACGGAUUUAAGUAUUGGAGAUAAUAAUGUAAAUAAAAGGGAACACAAAAUGAUUUAUGCACAACUUGAUAUGUGAAAAUUUGUAUUUUACCAAAUUUUGAUGAUUAUGCUUGAACGACAGGCUAUUGCUGACACUUGUUGUCACGUCUUGUCCACGUGAAUGAGUACUGUAAGGAAAAACAAGAAGUUUUUCGAGUACUGAGUACUUCAAAAUAGAAGUUGUUAUGAGUAUCGAUACUGACUACUUUAAAUACUCGUCACUAUAUUGAGUAUCAUGUAUUGAGUAUUGCCCAGUUUUGUUCCUAAGUGAGUAGAGCAUCACUCAAUUUUUUUCUGUUAGUUCCAAUCUUCAUUGGAUUGAUCUCAUUUUUCUGAUAAACUCUCUGUAUCAAUACUACAAUGAUUAAUUUAUCAUCUAGAUAAAUAUUGUUACGAUUUUGAGUGUUUUUUAUAUAUUUGUAUAAAAUUCAUCAAAUUAAGAUUCAUCUGACUAAUUUUUUCAUGUAUUCAAUAUCAAUCAAACAUAUAAAAAGUCUAUUUGUCGAACGUAUUAACAUUUAUUUCUAUUUGGAAGGAGACAUUUAACGAGUAGCUGGAGAAAUUCAAAAAUUCAAAUUUUAAAACGCUGCAAUUCUUAACUUACUAAUUUCCAGACGAUGAAAACAUAAGUAUUCGAAAGGUUGGAAAUAUAUUUCAACCGUAAUAGUAAAAACGAGAAAACAUUUAAUAUCUACUUGUUUAUUGAUUGUUGUAGGAUUGUUUGCCAAUAAAAAAAUAUAUGCUAUUUGGUGGAGUUUUCAAAGACUGUGAUGAUCUAUUUAAUCAUGCAGUUCUCAUCACAGGCUACGAUUCUCAAUCCUGGACCAUCAAAAACUUUUGGGGAACGGGAUGGGGAGAAGAAGGAUACAUCAGACUUAUUAGGGGUAAAAGUCAAUGCGGUGUCAAAGUAUUUUCCAUAUAUCCUGAACUGUAAUUGAUAAAUAAAAUGCUUCGAAGUGAA